AUGCCUCCAAAGAAGACCACCCGCCCCGCCCAGGAGAACAUCUCCCUCGGCCCUCAAGUCAGAGAUGGUGAACUUGUCUUCGGAGUCGCAAGAAUCUUUGCUUCGUUCAACGAUACCUUCGUCCACGUCACCGAUCUCUCUGGCCGCGAAACCAUCACUCGUGUCACCGGCGGCAUGAAGGUCAAGGCAGACCGUGACGAGUCCUCCCCCUACGCUGCCAUGUUGGCUGCGCAAGACGUCGCGAUCCGCUGCAAGGAAUUGGGCAUCAACGCUCUGCACAUCAAGAUCCGUGCCACUGGAGGUAACGGAACCAAGACCCCAGGCCCAGGAGCACAAUCAGCUCUCCGCGCCCUCGCCCGUUCCGGAAUGAAGAUUGGCAGAAUCGAGGAUGUGACCCCAACCCCAUCCGACUCCACCCGCCGCAAGGGAGGUCGCCGUGGUCGUCGUCUUUAG